UGCAAGCGUCGUCAGGCAGGCCGGGUCAAUAUCAAUCGGGCAGGUAGGUACAGGGGGAGCAAGCGGAGAGAAUGGUCAGGGUCACAAGCCAGGGAUCAGGAGCAGGAGAAUGGUCAGACAAGCCAGGGAUCAGAGCAGGGUCAGCAGAGAAUCAGACAGGGACAGGAACAGGAAACAGGGCCCAGGGAGAAACACAUACCAACACCAAGGCAGAGUUCUGCAGGUCUGGCCAUCCCUUAAAUACACCAGCAUAAGCAGUUUCAGGUGUUUUUGCUGGCUGCAAGGUUGAGUCUUACUGAUUGCUGGGAGCACCCGCUGGCCAGCACUGGUACUGCCAGCUCAUAAGGCAGGUGAUACCCACCAUGCUGGCCAGUUCCAUUCCUGACACU